GUGCCCGCGCCUCCGCGCCUCCGCGCCCGCCCCUGGUUUCCUCCGUACCGCGGCGGCGGCGGCGGCGGCGGCGGCGGAGCCUCGUGCGCGCGGCUAUUUAUUUCCGGGCCCCAGAGCGCUUAUAAUGGAGCCGCUGUCAGCAGAACCUUCUGCCGCCGCCGCCGCCGCCGCCGUCCCUCCUCUUUUUUUUCCCGGCAGAUCUUUGUUGUGUGGGAGGGCAGCAGGGAUGGACUUGAGCUUGCGGAUCUCCUGCUAGAGCAGCCGCGCUUGGAGAGGGCGCCGCAGCCGCGAGGAGGAGCCGCCGCCGCCGCCCCGAGGCCCCGCAGGACCCGGCCUCCGUCCGCCCGCGCCCCCGCCCGGCCCGCGCCUGCCUCCCGGCACAUUCCCCUCGCGGCGGCAGAUGUGUGUGGGGUCAGCCCACGGCGGGGACUAUGGUGAAAUUCCCGGCGCUCACGCACUACUGGCCCCUGAUCCGGUUCCUGGUGCCCCUGGGCAUCACCAACAUAGCCAUCGACUUCGGGGAGCAGGAGACCAAAUCGAGAUGUACAGCAGAAGAGGAUUAAUCCAGUACGAGGUGUUCACUCUACCUGAUGCAGCAGUCAUUAAUUUGUCAUGAGCUGGGUGGUGUGUCAAGGAAACCUGAUACACAUGUGCAUGGAAAAACACACAGCGGCUUAAGAAAAUGUGGAUUCAGUUUUCUGAUGGCCCAAGCAACUGUUAGCGGUAACCUCUGAAGUUCAUACUUUGCCCUUUGCAACAAAUAUAGUCAAUGUCAGAUGUGCCUUGAACCGGGGCAUCGCUGCUGUCAAGGAAGAUGCAGUGGAGAUGCUGGCCAGCUACGGGCUGGCCUACUCCUUAAUGAAGUUCUUCACGGGGCCCAUGAGUGACUUCAAGAAUGUGGGCCUGGUAUUUGUGAACAGCAAGAGGGAUAGGACCAAAGCCGUCCUGUGCAUGGUGGUGGCCGGAGCCAUCGCUGCCGUCUUCCACACCCUCAUAGCGUAUAGUGACUUAGGCUACUACAUCAUCAAUAAAUUGCACCAUGUGGAUGAGUCGGUGGGGAACAAAACGAGAAGGGCCUUCCUGUACCUUGCCGCCUUCCCUUUUAUGGAUGCAAUGGCAUGGACCCAUGCUGGCAUUCUCUUAAAACACAAAUACAGUUUCCUGGUCGGAUGUGCCUCAAUCUCGGACGUCAUAGCUCAGGUCGUUUUUGUAGCCAUUUUGCUUCACAGCCACCUGGAGUGCAGAGAGCCUCUGCUCAUCCCCAUCCUGUCCUUGUACAUGGGCGCCCUCGUGCGCUGCACCACCCUGUGCCUGGGCUACUACAAGAACAUUCACGACAUCAUCCCGGACAGGAGUGGACCGGAGGUGGGGGGAGAUGCAACAAUAAGAAAGAUGCUGAGUUUCUGGUGGCCUUUGGCUCUUAUCUUGGCUACACAGAGAAUCAGUAGGCCUAUCGUCAACCUCUUUGUUUCCCGGGACCUUGGUGGCAGUUCUGCAGCUACGGAGGCCGUGGCAAUUUUGACAGCCACAUACCCCGUGGGUCACAUGCCAUAUGGCUGGUUGACGGAAAUCCGUGCUGUCUACCCUGCUUUUGACAAGAAUAACCCCAGCAAUAAGCUGGUGAGCACAAGCAACACGGUCACGGCAGCCCACAUCAAGAAGUUCACGUUCGUCUGCAUGGCCUUGUCGCUGACGCUCUGUUUUGUGAUGUUCUGGACGCCCAACGUUUCCGAGAAGAUCCUGAUAGACAUCAUUGGCGUGGACUUCGCCUUCGCGGAACUCUGCGUUGUUCCCCUGCGCAUCUUCUCCUUCUUCCCGGUUCCAGAUGCAGCUUGCGGGAUCUCCAUUCAGGCAUGUGGGAUCUUUUGGUGCGUCGCCUGGGCUCUUCGUUGUGGCACACAGGCUCCAGGGCGCGUGGGCUCUGUAGUUUGUGGCACGCAGGCUCUCCCAUCGAGGCACGUGAGCUCAGUAGCAGUGGUGCAUGGACUUGGCUGCCCCGCGGCACGUGGGAUCUUAGUUCCCCGACCAGGGAUGGAACGUGCAUCCCGUGCAUUGGAAGGCGGAUUCUCUACCACUGGACCACCAGGGAAGUCCCUCAGGCUUCUUUCUUUGGAAACAUUUGCAGUCCUGUCCCAAACAAAAACAAAAAAAAUUUUUUUAAUUUCACAGUGGAUUAAAAAGAGGCAAAGACAUUAUCCAAUUGGUUGAAAGUUUGAGAAACAAGUCAAAGAGGCAUAAUUUGUUUCUUAAAGGACAGUGGUUGCAAACUCAGGAAAAAGAGCCCAAAGGGAUAGCAUGAGACGUUCCAGGGACAAUAGAACUGCUCUGUAUCUUCACUGUGGUGGUGGUUACACAAGUCUAUGCGUGUAUUGAGAUUCUAAAAGGACUGCUGGAGAAAAGAAUCCAGGGUCAAAGCUGAGGCCAGAAAUGGGCCGAGGAGCUCGUGGAAGCUGGGGCUGAUGGCACACCUGCCACCCUGGGGUGGUUCCCAAGUCAGGCCACAAGCUGCCCCUGCUCUUAGAUGCCAGCCAUUCCUGGAGGCUGCUGUCCUGUAGUGCCUGGUCCUUGGGGUGGGGGUCAGGGGGCGGACACUGGGGGAGCAAAGCUUUGGUGCCACCUGGAGGAGGGUGCACUCCCUGGAGAUCAAGGCACAUGUCACUGACUCCCCAGUCUGGACCUGAGGAGGGGCUGGAGGUCCCAGAGCUAGGACUGGGGUGGGACUUGCCGUUAAUCUCCUCUCGACCCGCCUUCCUCGCCUGGCAGACCAAGGGCUUGCAGACCUCAGGCCCCAUCUGUCUUUGCAACCUGCUGGGUUUGGGCCAACGGGGUUAGCAUCUCGUCUGUGCAGCCAAACCUGAGUGAGCACCUGUGCCUCAGAAAUUCAACGCUUCCACCUGGGGCAGGGGCAACACAGCAUCAGAUCAGGAAGACUACAGAUUCUUCCUCCACACCUACCCCGGACAUGAGUUUUCACCCCAGCAGUGAGCACUUCCUCCCCCUCGAUAGGCCUAUGCCUGGUGUCGCCCCACAUGGGAUAAAGGACAAGGUCUCACGCUUCCUCAGACCCCACCCAGUUUCGGAUCAAACCUAAAUGUUGCCCAGGGUGUCUGUGCCCCCACAUCGGCCCAUCAGUGUUUGACACACCGUCCUUGGAGCCCCUCCUUGGUGCUGGGGCUGGUGCCCUGCCUGCCCUCCUGAAGCUCACACGUCAGGGUGGGGGGUACCGGGAACACGUUGUGAGGUCUUUGUGAAAUGUCGACGUAUGAAAACAAGGGAGCGGGCCGUGGACCAGUGGUCAGGAUGCUGGGGAGGAAACAGGGAAGUGAUCCGGGUCCCUCUUCUUCACCCGCCUCCCUCCUCCGCAUCUCCCCCAGCCUGUGGGCGGGAAACCCAGCUUCUGGUCCAGCUUCUCUCCUCCCAGAAUCAAACUGGAUCACCAUCAAGAUGCCGAUUUUCUCUGAGUUUUCUGGACAAGAAUGAUCAGAGCUUGAGGCUGGGCGGAGGCAGAGAUGGAGAGAGCGGCAGCACCCCCGCCCCCCAGGGAUGGUGGGGAUGAUGGGGAAAGGAGCGGCCCACAACCCGCUGCCUGGACACUGAGGGCUGGGAUGCGAGGGAGCCGAGGUGGGGACGGGGCUCCCCCCAGGCCCAGAGGCGGGGAUCGGGGCCCCCGGCAGGAGGACAAGGUGACCCGCCCAGGGCGGCAGCAGCCGGGCCGGGGUCCCACCCAGCCGCCCCGGCACCCUGGGUGUGCUGCGCGGGGCCUGGGGGGUAGAGGCGGCAGGACGGGAGAAGCGGGGUGUUGCUGAUGCGUCGUCCUCCGCGGCU